AGAACAGCAGCCUACGGCACAGGCGACUACAGCCACCCCCAUGAGCGAGCAGGCCGAUACCAGAGAACAGCAGCCUAAGGCACAGGCGACUACAGCCACCCCUGGGAGCGAGCAGGCCGAUACCAGCAGCCUACGGGAGAGGAGACUACAGCCACCCCCGGGAGCGAGCAGGCAGAUACCAGAGAACAGCAGCCUACGGCACAGGCGACUACAGCCACCCCCGGGAGCGAGCAGGCCGAUACCAGCAGCCUACGGGACAGGCGACUACAGCCACCCCCGGGAGCGAGCAGGCAGAUACCAGAGAACAGCAGCCUACGGCACAGGCGACUACAGCCACCCCCGGGAGCAAGCAGGCCGAUACCAGCAGCCUACGGCACAGGCGACUACAGCCACCCCCGGGAGCGAGCAGGCCGAUACCAGAGAACAGCAGCCUACGGGACAGGCGACUACAGCCACCCCCGGGAGCGAGCAGGCCGAUACCAGAGAACAGCAGCCUACGGGACAGGCGACUACAGCCACCCCCGGGAGCGAGCAGGCCGAUACCAGAGAACAGCAGAUUGUCCUGCAGCCAGUGUCCCCUCGCUCUCAGAGAUGGCUGAUAACUGCAGGCAAUAGACUGUAUUCAGAAAGUCAGGGGAGCACUCUUGUUACGGUCCUGCGCCCCCCAUGAUCAGAUUGGGCACAGCGCGGGCGGUCAACAGCAGACUACAGUGGUCACAUGAGUGUCAGCUCUGCAGCCCAGUGAGGACAUUAAUCAGAGCCCCUCAUUGUGCUGAGACAUUCCAGAGGUCAUGAGACAUAGCACACCAAACGCUCCACACAGGGGCCCAGGACGAGGAACACUGAGGGGCCCACUCCAGGCAGGAAGUGACAG